AUAUAAAGUUAGAAAGAAAACUUUCUUAGGCAUAGCGGGAUUUUUUUUCCCGGCUGUCAAUGUUCCAUCAUUGCACACUGUUUUACUGCAUAUCAUUUAACACAGUAUAGUAUUACUGUACUACUAUUAAGACUAUAUGACUAUAUCUUCUUUAUAUAGUAGCAUAUAAUAAAUAUAAAUGUAUUUUCAGUCUUAAAAAGUUAUAUUUUAAAUAUACAUAAUUUAUAAAACUGCGUAAAUUCUUUCAGUACUAUUUAUUCAAUAACUCUAGUUUAUAAACAAUAAAAAUUGUAAUAAGAAAAUGUGUGAAACAAAUCGUAAACCAAAAAUAAUUGUUUUUGAUUUAGAUUACACAUUAUGGCCAUUUUGGGUUGAUACUCAUGUUACCCCUCCUUUUAAAAAGAAAGAAAAUGACAUUGUAGAUUCUCAUGACCAAAUUAUACAACAUUAUAAAGAAGUACCUGAUGUUUUAAAACAUUUACAUGAAGAAGGAUAUGAACUUGGUGUUGCAUCUCGUACAUCAGAAAUACAAGGUGCUAAACAAUUAUUGAAUUUAUUUAACUGGGACAAAUAUUUUAAAUACAAAGAAAUUUAUCCAGGAUGUAAAAUAAAUCAUUUUUCUAAGAUUCAGAAAGCAUCCGGUACUAACUAUAAAGAUAUGGUGUUUUUUGAUGAUGAACAUAGAAAUAUUGUUGACGUAGGUAAACUUGGUGUUACUUGUAUAAUUGUUAAAAAUGGUGUGAAUCAUACACUUGUAGAAAGUGCUCUUAAAAAAUUUUAAUUUUUUUAAAUUUUAAUAAUUAAUAAUUUAGAGAAAUAUA